AGGUUCCACUUCCUCCAGUCCUCAAAUGAAAGUAAUUUGCUGGUCUAGUAAUUUGCUGUAGUUACACAUUAGUUGGAAGUGAGAUGUGAGAAUGAGUGCAUGAUCACAUGACUGCAGCAGCACAUCAUCCACCUCACCGCCCCCGCCGGCCGCUCGAGCUCCACUCACUCGAUGUAAACACCGUCAGCGCUCCUGCUUUGUCUUUGAGCCUGUGGCUGGAGCUUUCGACUCACUAUGCCAUGGAUAUUUUAUGGCAAUACCAGUUCAGGAUCAUUUUGCUGGGGGACUCGACGGUGGGCAAAUCAUCUUUGCUGAAGAGGUUCACGGAUGGCAUAUACAGCGAUGUGGCGGACCCCACGGUCGGUGUGGAUUUCUACGCCCGUUCAAUAGACAUCGAACCCGGGGUUAAAAUCAAACUACAGCUGUGGGACACCGCCGGACAAGAAAGAUUCAGGUCAAUUACUACUUCCUACUAUCGCAACUCUGUUGGCGGGCUGCUAGUAUUUGACCUGACGAACAGGAAGACCUUCGAUCAUGUGCGUGAAUGGCACCGAGAAGUCAGCGAGCACAUCCUGCCUCAUCACAUGAUCUACAUCCUGAUCGGCCACAAGAGCGACCUGAGCCCCGACCGCAAGGUGACGCGGGACGAGGCGGAGCAGCUGGCGGCCGAACUCGGCAUCCGCUACGUGGAGACUUCCGCCAAGUGCAACAGCAACGUGGAACGUGCUUUCGAGCUGCUCACACGGGACAUCUAUGAGCUGAUGAAGAUGGGUGAGAUUUCCACGCGGGAUGGCUGGGAUGGGGUCAAGAGCGGCCUCACCGCUAAAGUCCUCUAUCCAGCCGAGGAGGAGGCGGAGCGAGAAAAGAGCUGUAACUGCUGACUCCCACAAUCCACCUGUAAUCGCUCACCUGUGUAUCAGUCGGCCGUUGCUUUCACUAAUGUGUCACAUCGUGGUCACCGCCUCGGGCCGCUGCACUUAACGUUCCCCUAACGUUCCCGAAUGGUCCCAUGAGGUUAUUUUUUUGGGGGGGGAACCAGACAAGAACAUUAUAGGAACGUUCCAUUUAGGUUAUUUUUAUAACGGAAGAAGAACGUUCCGGGAAUGUUCCCCUAACCUUAAGGGAACGUUCCCAGAACCUAAAUUAGUUUGCUGGGUUGUUGCCGUCUGGGGUUGAUGGCACGAUCCAUUCGAAGGUGUUGUACUGUAUAUUUAGGCUUGCAUGGACAGGCCCUGCUUCUUAUUGUUGAAAUUCACCCCUGUUCUGAAGUUUGCAGAAAUCUUGUGGAUAAACAUUUUUACAUUCUAGUUUGAGCUGUAUGUGUCAUUGCACUUCCCCUUCUCUGGAGAUAUUACACUUUAUUUGUUUUGUUUUUUUCCCUUUAACCAUUAUUACUGUGAUAUCAUUACCAUUUAAAAAAAAAAAAACAUCUAGUGAUUUACAAUUUACACUGUCCGUUCACUUACAGAUUUAAAUACCCCAUAAGAUGGUUUUCUUUCCUGUGUUGACAUUUCUAAUUGAAGCAGAUAUUUGGAGCUGGACUUGUACUAACUAAUAGCUUUUAGCUUGUGUUAGUGCUGUGAACCAUCGGCAGGUAUUAGGAGGAGGACAUUGGGCCUGAAAAAUAUGUCAUCAAUAUUAUUUGCUGCCACUUGGACUGAAAGCAACUUGGACUAAAAAUUCCCAUUCUCGAUAGGAUAUGAGACAGUAGGACAGUUGUUGGCUGGUAGACAUCAUUUCUGGGUAAAAAGGCGAGACUAAACCUCCUUUCUAACUAAUCGCUGGGUUUGCAUAUGUAAUUACACCAUUUCUGAUUUAUUACUUUUUUUAAACCACUUUGUUAUAACAACCCAACUUCUGCAGACAUUAUUAUGUGCAUCAAACCAAAAUAUUUCAGCAUAUUUUAAACAUAUUUUAAAUUUUCACCUGUACAUGGAUAAAUACAUAUUUUGUCAAAUCUGUUGAUGUAGAAUUCAUUCUCCAAAAUCAUCUUUAACCUCGUGAUCUGCCCAUCGAGACAGCAUUGUAGUGCAUCAUAGAUGAGACAAGACACACUCGAAGACACUUUCUGUAUCAUCCAUAAUUAAGUCGAAAGAAAUGUUGAUUAUAAAUAUAUCUCAUUCAAUGCUAAAAUUAUCAAUCUAAUUAAAUUGACUGUUUUACCCACAAUUGGUGUGUGCUGCUAUGUAUGUUUGUGCUCAUUACUGUCCAAUAUUCACAAAACAGUUGAGUCGUCAUUAAAACAUGUAUAAACCAAUUAUUUACUGUGAAACAACCUAAAAUAUUAGAGAAAGGAAAAAAAAUCCAAUAGCUGAACUGAAUAACAUUCAAUAUGAUAAAUAAACAUCUGUUGUUUGUUAAUGAGUUAUUGAAUUCAGAACUUUUACAUUGUACGUUUACGCUUUUUCAUUUAGCAGACGCUUUUAUUCAAAUGAAUACAAGAAACCAAACGUAAGGAGGCAAACACGAGAAGUGCUAAAAACUACAAAAAUGUAAACACUGAUCGGAAUAUUUUAGCUAAAACAGGGAUUUAAUAGAAGUUUUUUUUGUUUUUAAGUCGGUGAUAUUAGUGCUCAUGGAAGGCAUGAGUUUUCUGCCGUUUCUUGAAUAUUGUCAGGGAUCAGCUGUCCGAGUGUAGGGUUAGGGAUAUUGUGCAGCCAGAUGAUCAUUGCAGUCCAGUCUAGAAAUGACCAGGCCCUGGACAGGAAGUAGUUUGGCUCUAUUAGGAAAGCCCUGAUCCUCCUGGUGUUGUCCAGUGCAAACCUGCAUGAUGCUGCUGUCUUUGCAAUGAAUGUUUGCUGGUCAUCAAAGAUUGCCAAAAGAUUUUUGUCUAAACAGGACGGAAUUGUUGUUGAUGAGCCUAUAGCUGGAUAGUGAAAUUAUGCCGAAUCGUAUUGCUAGAUUGAGUUGAGUUGUUGAUGUUCUUUGCUGAAGAUCAAUGCAGAUAAUAUCAGAUCGUCUACCUAAGAUGAAAAGUAAAGUUGUGUUUCUUCACAUAUCAAUAGUAGGAGAAUCCACAUGCCUGUGUAAGAACAGUCUGAACCUUCAGGAUACCCCCCGUGACUAGCUUUGUAUUCCUCCCCUUCCCAUAAACCUUGAAAGACUAAUGUGAGGUAAGAUUCGAAUUAGCAAAGUGCAGUUCCUGUGAUGCCUAUCGAUUAAAAGGACAAAAUUAUUUU